AUGUUCCUUCGCCAGCUUGACCUGACGACAGCGCUUCGGCCAAGUCUGUACGAUGGAGAGAGCUUACUGUUCGUCGCGGAGCGCGUAGGUCUCUAUGAAGGCAAAUUCAAAAUCGAAAAGUAUCAAAAUGGGAGUGCCUAUUUGACCACUCACCGCAUCUGCUAUGUCGACAACGAGGAUCCGAGGACCUACUCGGUCGCCGUCGAUCUCAAGGAAAUCGAGCGCACCGAAUACUAUGCUGGGUUUCUCAAAUCCUCGCCGAAGGUCACUCUAUUUCCGAAGCCGGGCAGGAAGUACACGCAGAAUAUUAGGAGCCCCGUCCCGCGAUAUGGCUCACCCACUGGCGUAUCCUUCAACAAUAGUGGGGGCUCUAUGCGGCCGCUCAACCAGUCUCCGGCUCCAACGAGAGACGUCAACGCAACCUGGAUAUGUCAGAUCUGCGGCCUGCCAAAUUCCAUCCCAAGUAGUUUCGACCCCUCAACGGCCAAUCAAUAUACACCGUUACCUCCUUGUCAAGCAUGUGGUAUCAAACCCGAGCUGGUACACGUGAGCAAAGCUGCUAUUGCUGCUAUGGCAAAGCGAGCACCGGGAGUGCCAUCAAGCCCACAGCCUUCUCGAACGAGUUUCGGCCAGUCUGAAACGGCGCCGAACCCUCCUCCGCCUGUUGUCACGCCUGGAGGCACUCCAUCAAAUCAGUGUCCUAGAUGUACCUUCCAGAAUCAUCCUUCGCUGAUGAGCUGCGAGGUCUGCGGCGCAUCACUUUCACCUCACGAAAACGGUCUGUCAAAGCAAUCUGCCAAUCCCAUCCAGCGACCCGAGUCUCCCGGUCCAUCUCUGAAUGGGUCCAUCAUCGGGGAUGACACGAUCGAGACCGUCAAGUUCUCUUUUCGAGGAGGAGGCGAAAAGUUGUUCCAAGAACGGCUAAGAGAAGCUCUGGUGCAACGCAAAUGGCUUCUGCUCAGCGCGCCUCCCGUGCCAAAACCAAUCACCCCAGCCACGUCCACCAACAGCCCCUUCCAAACCCCUGACGUGGAUUCCAGAACCGGCACACCCCAUCAGCGAGUCGUCGGCAUCGCCGGUCUAGAGCAAAGGGAAGCAACACUCCGCGAGAGCAACAAGACCAUGAUCUCGACCGCGUUCGAAGACCUCGAAGCCCUCAUGACCUCUGCCAAAGAAGUCAUCGCCAUGGCCGAGCAGUUCGCCAAACAAAUGGAUAACGGAAGCAAUGGAGAAGCGGCGCAUGCAAGAGCCGUGCUUUCCGAUUCCGCCGCUGCUCUUGGCCUCGUUACGACGAAGGAUAUGCUCGGCUCGGGCUCGUCUUCCGAGACGCUGUAUAUCACCGAGCUCGCACGCAACCUGGCGGAAUUCCUCACAGACGACAGAAGAGGCGUACUCCGCCGAGAAGGCGGGAUCAUCUCGCUCGUCGAUCUGUGGGCUGUGUUCAACCGCACGCGCAACGGCAUCGAGCUCAUCUCGCCCCUCGACUUCGAAAAAGCAGCCACGAUGUGGGAAUCAUUGCAUUUGCCCAUUCGCCUGCGAAGAUUCAGAAGCGGUUUGCUGGUGGUACAAGAAAAGAGCCGAACAGACGAGAAAACGAUUGCAAGUUUGCUGAGCUGGCUACGGGAGCCAUUGACGACUUCCUCGCUGUCCGAAACGGAAUCGGCAGACGUGGCUUACGGCAAAGGGGUGACGGCGCAAGAAACAGCGGAGCGUUUUGGCUGGAGUGUGGGCGUCGCCACGGAAGAAUUAGAAAUGGCCGAAGAGACGGGCGCGCUGUGCCGCGAUCCAUGUUUGCACGGCAUCACGUUCUGGGAGAAUCAUUUCGCGCAUACAUGGGUUGAGCAGGCGACUUCGAUGAUGCAAGACCUGGCAAUACACGGUUGA